AUGAGUGAUGAGAAACUUAUAGAUGAGACGCAGAGCCAAUCAGUGGCUGGAAUGGAAGCAUUGAGAAUAGAAGUUGAUAACAAAGAAAAUAGUGAUCCAUCAAAAUCAGAUAAAUUAAAAGUCGACAUUCUACUGAAAGCGACAGGGAAUGCUCCUAUAAUGAAGAAAAAAAAAUGGGCUGUUGAUGCUGAAAAGCCUAUUGGAUGGAUUAUGGAGUUUGUAAAGAAAUAUCUCAAACUUGAAGCAGAUGAGAAAUUAUUCCUGUAUGUGAAUCAGACUUUUGCGCCAUCACCAGAUCAGAUUGUCAGGAAUCUUUAUGAGUGCUUCGGUACAGAUGGGAAACUGGUCCUGCAUUACUGCAAAAGCCAAGCUUGGGGCUGA